CAAACAAGCUAAAUAACAACACAGCAGUCCACUUCCCUUCUGUCAAAGCUUUCACACAAAGCAAAAGGAAAUCACUCCAAUUCUUCACUAAAUAACAACACACGCACUUUGUGUGCAGGUUGCUGUAAAGUGAAAUAGCGCGAAUUUUUCGAGAUCUUAAUUUGCACGAACAAAAUGGGGGCUUUGGAUCAUCUCUCCAACAUGUUCGAUUGCUCCAGCGGCCACUCCAAGCAUAAGAAACGCAAGCAGCUUCAGACAGUCGAGAUCAAGAUCAAAAUAGACUGCGAAGGGUGUGAGAGGAAGGUACGAAGAUCGGUUGAAGGAAUGAAAGGGGUGAGCUCUAUUGAAGUAAACCCCAAGCAACACAAGCUGACUGUAGUCGGGUAUGUGGACCCAGAGAAGGUUGUGGCCCGUGUGGCCCAUCGCACAGGCAAGAAGGCUGAGUUAUGGCCUUAUGUCCCGUACGAUGUGGUCGAGCAUCCUUAUGCGGCCGGUGUAUAUGACAAGAAGGCUCCAGCUGGCUAUGUUAGGAAUGCGAUGGACCCUCAUGUCUCACAGCUUGCACGUGCAAGCUCGACCGAGGUUCGGUACACAACUGCUUUCAGUGACGAAAAUCCUUCGGCAUGUGUGGUCAUGUGAUCUUGUUGGAUAUAGAAUAAUAAGUAGAAAGCUAUGUUUGGCGCAGCUAAGGAUUUUGUUUGGGUUACAUGUGGUUUGUGUAAUCUUUUAUGCAAAUUGAAGUAAUGUUUUAGGUGUGUUGGUUGUGUAAUGAAAUCUUGUGUGAUGUUGGAUUUGUAGACCUGUUCUUGUUUAUAAGAUUUGCAAAUGUUAUUGCAUUCA